AUCGCCACUCUCGACUGUCUGUUUUCUCUGGCUGCUGUUGCUAAGCAACCAGGUUUUGUAAGGUAAGGUGAUCUAAAGUUCCGUUCAAACGGUUUCAACCAAUUUCAACCAAUUCGAAUUGGUUUCCGUAUGCUUUUACCUGUACUGCAACCGUACAGUACCGUUUACUGUUUAAGAUCGCGCGUCUUUUUUCGCUUACCGUAGAUUGUUUUAUUUUUGCGACGUCCCUACUAUUUGAGAACCUGGCACAGGCCACAAGAAAAGCGACGAGAUAAAGGAACUGUGAGGUUUCACUAUAAAAAAAACUAAGUUUAUCCCUUGUUUUGUUCAGGCUUCUGAAUUUUUUUUUCAUUUUCUAUGUCCUUCUGGUUAACCUUUUGUUUCGUCGUUUCAGGCCGUUUGUGAGGGACUGUGAAUCUGAUAUUUAUAUCAAACAAGGACGACACGCCGUCAUAGAUAAUCUUUUGCCCGAAAACGAGCAGUUUGUACCAAAUGAUACAGACAUGAAUGUAAGUCACCAUUGUUUAACUGGCUCUUACUUGUUUUGUCAGUUGUCUGUGAAGCAGAGUCUUUCAUUCCAGGACCAGGGUGUGAAUCCUUUUCAUCUUCAUGAAUUCAUUUACCAAGGCAAGUUGGAGAUCUACUGAGUGAAAGCCGGGUAAUUUCACGUGUAUGAGUUCAGUUAUGGUUAUUAGACAUAACUGUUAAGCGACAUAUUGCUACGGACUUAACAUAAGGUACCCCGCGUUUCUGCCUACGCGGGCACGGGUAGGGGACAUGUUUCUCCUGUGUUAAUAUAUAGUCAAGGGGACCAUGUUUUCCUUAUCAUUGUAUUAAGUAUUAUCACUCUACCCGGUACGAGUAAUUUAAUACACUACCUGCAUGUACGCCGGAAAAGGUUUGUCUCCAAAGAAUAAUUACUGUAGUUUCACUUAUUUUCAGGUAAAUGAUAAUCGUUGUAUGAUGAUUACUGGACCGAACAUGGGUGGAAAGAGCUCUUAUAUCAAACAAGUAAGCAUAUAUUCAGUUCUCUUCAGCUCUUUUCCUUUUCGACGUUUACUGUCACUUAUGGCGAACGUUAAGGCAAUCUAAUGGCUGGAUAGUACUUAAAAUAAUCUUGUCCUUCUGAAGCGAGCGCCACCAAACAAUUUCACGAACGUCGUACGUGUAAAAGUAAUGAAAGAACGAACGAAAAACAGAGCGAGGGAGCGAGCUCGAGUUCGCGUGCAGCUUCGCCACCCAUAUACCUGACAACAUGUCGCUGUGAUAAGGUAGUAAGUGCUGUUGUAGAAAACGCUUUUUAUUAGAAUUGAAACCUGACUGACCCUACCCCACAUAGGUUGCCUUGAUUGUAAUUCUGGCCCAGACCGGCUCUUAUGUUCCUGCCGAGGAGGCGAAAGUUGGAGUUUUGGACGCGGUUUUUACCAGGUAUUAUCAUUAGAAAUAAUAGAGAACAAAUGAAAGGCUAAAAUUUACCUCACAUUCAUAUUUUAUUCGUAUAAAUGGAUAUGUUAGUCCUUUCUGGAGCGGUUUUAAUGACAAAUGAUAAGUAGAACGCGAGGAGUUAUUCUUCAGUAGUGUUUGAAAUAGUUGUCACUGCAUGCUUUACAGGAUGGGAGCUUCAGACAACAUUUACAAAGGGCAGAGCACGUUUAUGGUCGAACUUCAGGUACUUACAUACAUUUCACCUUACUAUAACUAAAAUCGCCAAGAGAAACAACGAACUGUUGGGUCUUGCCAAACCUGACAAAAGGUUGCACGAGUCCUCCUACUGUAGUUUGGAGGUGAAGGUGAAUAGUUCUUGAGUUUUAUUAAUGACUAUCGCGUCGUUACUUUGCGGUCGUAUUCAUGAAGAUUAAGAAUGGAAAAAAGUAAGAUGUUUUUUUUGAGUCAUGUUUUGGCAAACUAACAGUAAAGUAGGAGACUUGUUGCUGAGAAUGCUAGCUGAUUGUAAACUUGAUUCUCUUCCGUUUUAGGAAACAUCGGACAUUAUUGCCCAGGCCACUCCAAAGUCACUGGUUAUCUUGGAUGAGCUGGGCCGGGGUACUAGUACCCAUGAUGGUACGGCCAUUGCUUAUGCUACGCUGCAUCACUUUAUUAGUAAGGUAUGUGUUCUAGACGUUAAUUCCGUGAUUUCAUAUUCUAGACUGAAACAGCAGUUGCAAACGCAAUAUCUUGCUGAAACUGUGUGCCGAUCUCACCUGGGAGAGGUCGGUAGACGCUCUAUCAAAACCUAUCCAUUACUCAGUUUAGUGUACGAGAGAUAAGCCGGAUCUUCUUCGUGCAAGUCAAAAGAUCGUUAUUACCCCCUGUUACCCCUGUUACCCUUUGUUCCCCCUUGUUACUCCUCUUACCCCUUGUUACCCUUCGUUCCCCCUUGAUACCCUUGUUACCCCUUGUUACCCCUUGUUUCCCCUGUUACCCCUUGUUACCACUUGUUACCCUUUGUUACCCCUUGUUACCCCUGUUACCCCUUGUGAAGGGGUAACAAAAGGGAACAAAGGGUAACAGGGAUAACAAGGGGUAACAGGGGUGACAAGGGGAACAGGGGUAACAAGGGGUAACAAAGGGUAACAUGGGGUAACAGGGAAACAAGGGGUGAGAGGGGUAACAAGGGUAAAAGGGGCAACCAGGGCUAACAGGGGUAACAAGGGGAACAGGGGUAACAAGUGGUAACAGGGGUAACAAGGGGGAACUUAAAUCUUAAAUUAUCUGUUAGGGUAUUCACCGCUGGUAUUUGGUUAUUUUCCCCGCCACGGCAGCGAACAGAUGAUGGGGAACGGGUGCUCUCUUUAGAGCGGGUCUCCGUAAGAACCGACCAGUGAUUUGGGAUCAAAAAAUUAAGUUUCCUCAUAUUCUGGGAUAUUAAAGUCUUUACCUAAUUAGUUACAAAAAUGCAUUUUUUGACCGAAAUUGCGAAAUAUAGUUUUUACGAAAUUUUGAAUUUUCGGCCAGUUGGCCUUGGCGCCAUAGCCUUUGAAACUGCAAAAAUCACCUACAUUGCCGGCGCUACAGAAAACAAACAACUCGUUCAAGAAGGCCUAUUUUCUUCUUAAUAUACGGAUACACCACUCUAGAUGUCCUAGCCAUAUCACAUUUCCGAAUUAUUUAUUCAUUUUAACGGCAAGAAUGUUUUUCGUGGCACGUGUUAUCAGCCUUUCAUCAAAAUAUGAAAAUAGCUUCAAGGUUUAACGAAAACGUUUUCAAGGGUUUUUCGCUCGACCUUCUCUUUAUGUACAAUUGGAUUUACAGUUUGUUAGACAACUCAGUAGGCACAGGUUAUGAGCUCCUGAUCGGCAUUGAGAAUACUAUGACAUUUACCUCCAAAUAGACUUUACUAUCUUCGUACCAAACCUGGGCCCCACACCCACCCUUCUAAACCCCCAUUAAUGCUCCUUUUUAUCGGUAUUUACAGCUACUUAAAGCUACACGGAAGGGAAAGAAGUCGAAAAAGGGAUUGGAGGUCACAUUUGGGGAUCGACCUCGGGACUUCUCCCAUAGCGGGCGGCGCAAUAACCAACUGUACCAAUCCUUGUUCCUCAAAAGCUAGUGCAAACGCAAAGUAGCGCAGUAAAAAGCCUACCUGACCGAGUGGGAAUUGUCCUUCCAAAAAUUGAGUGAUGUUACCCAUGAUCAUUUUUUAGUUUUUCCUUGCUCCUAAAUGAAGAAGAUAUUGACACGUCCUUAAAGGGCGCCAGUUUCGAGCCAGUUGCAGCUCAAAUAAUGAUCAAUUAUGUCUCACACAUACGAACGGACCCGCCCUGACGAAUAUUAGUUCGUAUUUUAAGUUAUAUCUUUCUGUCAUUUUUGCAACAUCCUUACUGAAUAUUUCGAAGCUCGAAAAUCUCUACAGGUAGAUUUUCCCAAGUCCGGGAAGGAAAACUUUGUUGAAGAAAUUCAGGAAAUUGCUACCCCUUGUCUGCUUCGUGUCCAGUCGAUGAGGACUGAAAUACAAAGUCACGCAUACAACUACGCAUACAGUAUUUCAAAUACAUAACUGGGCUAAAUCGCUUUCUUACCGACUUAUCGCGUCACAUUUGCGAACAAAUUAGUUUUAUUUGCCCAAGAAAUUUUACUGCCAUUUCUUGAGGAGUCGAUCUUAAUGAAAAACUAUUUUUAGCAAAGACCUCGAGGUCGGGUGUCACGAACUAGUCACGCUAGCGGAUACGACCAUUUUACAAACCAGAUAACAUUGCAACAAAACAAGUAUAAACACGGAAUCAACCGCCAAUAUAGUUUCAGAUGAUUAAGAAAUAACCUUAAAAUGGAAAAGAGCUAAGGUGAGACCCAUCAAGCCAUCAAAUGAAGUUGGACUUUAACGAGUAAGGCGACAAGGCAAGUGUUCGUUAAUUAUCAGGUCUUCAAAAUUUCUGGAAAUUCAAACGGCGGUCAAGUUCGAAAACGUUGAGAGCACAAAAAUUUUAUUCCUUUUUACGUUUAACUAUCAUUUCUAGUUUGUAUUAAUACAGAUAGCAAAAUUCAGACAGGUGCCACACUUUUUUAAACUGCCCUCAAACAUACUCAAAGUUGAGCUAUUUUCAUGUUCUAAUGAAAGGUCGAUAACACGUGCCACGAAAAAUAUUCUUGCCGUUAAAAUGAAUAAAUAGUUCGGAAAUGUGAUAUGGCUAGGACAUCUAGAGUGGUGUAUUGGUAUAUUAAAAAGAAAAUAGGCCUUCUUGAACGAGUUGUUUGUUUUCUGUAGCGCCGGCAAUGUAGGUGAUUUUUGCAGUUUCAAAGGCUACUAUGGCGCCGGUGCCAACCGGUUGAAAAUUCAAAAAUUCGUAAAAAUUAUAUUUCGCAUUUUCGGUCAAACAAAAUGCAUUUUUGUAACUAAUUAGCUUAAGACUUUAAUAUCCCAGAAUAUGAGAAAAAUUAAUUUUUUGAUCCGAAAUCACUGGUCGGUUCUUACGGAGACAUGCUCUUAAGCAUUCAAAAACGAUUUCGUCAAUUUUUUUUCUCGCCGAUAGGUGUCCAGCCUGACCCUAUUUGUAACACACUAUCCGUCACUGGCCGAGCUAGAAGUAGCUUUUCCAAAGCACGUUACCAACAAUCAUAUGGCCUUUAUGACGUCACAAGAGCAACAGAGUGACCAACAGUGCCCUGAGGGAGGGGAGGGAGAGUCUAUACCUUCAGUCACUUUCUUGUAUCACGUGGUAAAUGGCGCUGCUGCGAGAAGCUAUGGGUUGAAUGUGGCGCGUCUGGCAGGAAUUCCAAGUGAAAUCCUUAACACGGCCGCCAAAAAAUCACACGAAUUGGAAAAUCAAAUCACGCAUCGGCAGUAG